AUGAGCUGGCCUUCCUCCCGCUGCCUCCUCUUGCUCAGCCACUGGAUCCUCCUGGCUCUGGCGCACCAGCGGACGCGGCCCCCUCGAGCGCAACUUGGAGAGGCCGAGAACGGCGGCGGCGGCACCGGCAGUAAUCUUGGAAGUCGCCCCGCCACUUCGUCUUUCUCCUCCUCCUUUUCCGCACCUUCCUCUUAUUCCUCCCCCUCCGUGGGAGUUCAAACCGGCGGCUCCGAAAUGAGCAGCUUUAAGUGGAGUCCCUCCGGACGUCGAACCGGCAGCCUCUACUGCAGGGUGGGCAUCGGUUUCCAUCUCCAGAUCCACCCGGACGGGCAGGUCAACGGCUCGCACCAAGGCAGCCUCUUAAGUAUUUUGGAAAUAUUCGCUGUGUCUCAGGGGAUAGUGGGAAUACGAGGAGUUUUCAGCAACAAAUUUUUAGCCAUGUCGAAAAAAGGAAAACUGCAUGCAAGUGCCAAAUUUACAGAUGAUUGCAAGUUCAGGGAGCGGUUUCAAGAAAACAGCUAUAACACCUACUCCUCAGCAGUCCACAGGACUGUGAAAACCGGAAGAGAAUGGUACGUGGCUUUGAACAAGAGGGGCAAAGCCAAACGUGGGUGCAGCCCACGGGUAAAACCCCAGCAUGUUUCCACUCAUUUCCUCCCACGGUUUAAACAAGCCGAACCACCAGAACUAUCUUUUACAGUUGCAGUCCCUGAAAAGAAAAGACCACCGGUGGUUCUCCCAGCCAAGCCAAAGGUUCCAUUGGUGGUGCCUCGGAAGAACUCCAAGCCGGUCAAGUACAGACUCAAGUUUCGCUUUGGAUAG